CUGGACUCAUCCACAGGCUUUCAGCUAGCCGUCCUAGCUUGGAUGAUACUGGCGGGGCAUGGUGUAGUCGUACUUCAGCUCUCGUCUCGCCCAUAGCAUCCUAAAACGCCACGUGGCAGGGUGCACUAAGGCCCACAUGCCGUCUCACGCGCUUGCCGCAUCGCUCGUCGCGCCGGCCGCGGCCCUGUAUAUACUUCCAAGUCUAUAUACUAAACGCGCCGACGCACGUCCAGCUCCUAUUCCGUCUAGUUCUUGCGGUGCUGACUGCAAGAGCAGCAAUAGCAGGAUCCUCGCAGGUCACAGUCACAAUGCGCGAUAUCACACACUUAAUCCCCCACGCUACCCUCCAAUUUUGUUCGAGCGUUCCCUGAAUAGGCGGAUCCCCCUCUCCUCCAGCCACACCCCGUUCCGCCCUCUCCGAACGCCGCUUAUCCUCGUUGCAGUCUCUUUCGAUAAGGUUAUUCGGCCGCUUAGCUCGCAUAACCGAAGACAAACGUCGAGCCGCUUAGUCACGAUGACGUCAGCUGUCACGUCGGAGGACGUAGCGCCGAGCCGCGAUCGUAAGCCGGCAGCUGAUUCGUCAGGCGGACAGCUGCCUCGCCGGCGGCUCGACGUCGCCGUGAUCGGCGCCGGCGCCGCGGGGCUGGCCGCAGCGCGCGAGCUGAUGCGGGAAGGACACACCGUGACUGUGAUUGAAGCGGGGGGAGAGAUUGGCGGCGUGUGGGCUUAUGACGAGCGGAUAGAGACCGAGGAUCUGCUAGGGCUGGAUGCGAAUCGGCAGCAGGUGCAUAGUAGCAUGUACGCGUCGCUGAGGACCAAUCUACCCCGAGAAUUGAUGGGCUUUUUGGAUUUUCCCUUCUCCGCGCCUUUACCUGGCGAUCGUCCUGGUGCUGACGUGGAUCUGUGCAACUGUGGCGACGCGGAUUUGCGACGAACGGACGCGGAUAUGCGACGGUUUCCGUCGCACAGGGAGGUGCUGCGAUAUCUCGGCCAGUACGCGGAUAGAUUCGGAAUUUCGAAUCGCGUGGAGCUCCAUAGUAGUGUAAUUAAAGCCGUUCCGGUGAUUGCUCGCCAAGCAGAUGUUAAGGAAAGUCGAGAACGGCGAAGCGGAGAGGCCAGGAGCGCGAGGGAAGCGGAAAAGGGGCAAGGGAAGGGGGAAAGGGAGGAGGAAGGGGAGGGGAAAGGGGAGGGGGAAGGCCAGGAUAUCCAGGAGUUAUUAAAAGGAGGGGACUCUUCCUUUGUCAGAUGGCGUGUUAAGAUUGCCCGGUCUAGAGAAGAUAGUAGAGGGAGUUGUGAAGCGGAAGUGGAAGAGGGGAGGGUGGAGGAAAGGGAGUUUGAUGCGUUGGUGGUGUGCAACGGGCACUACUCGCAGCCCAAGAUUGCAACAGUAGAGGGAGUGGACACGUGGCCGGGCAUCCACAUGCACAGCCAUAACUACCGCUACCCAGAGGGGUUUGAAGGCAAGGUGGUGGUGGUGGUGGGCGCGGAGGCCAGUGGGCAGGACAUAGCGAGAGAGCUCGCCUCCGUGGCGCAAGAGGUGCACAUCUGCGCUAGGGGUUGGCGGAAAGACAGUGCUGCUGCCAGUGAUGAUGCUGCCCGUGCUGCUGCUGCCAGUGCUGGUACUGGUGCUACUAUUGCUGCUGCUGGCGCUCCUACUGCCGGAGCGGCGGCUGGAGCUAUUGAGACGGGGUAUUUCGAGGAUCUCAAAGGCAGAGUGCAGCAGCACCCCAUGAUAAGGCGGGCCAAUGCAGAUGGAACAGUGGAGUUUGAAGAUGGGUUCACAUGCCAUGCGGACGUCAUCAUGCACUGCACCGGCUACAUCUACUCCUUCCCCUUCCUCGCCCUGCCCCCCUCCCUCCUCUCUGUCUGCAACAAUCGUGUCGGCCCCUUGUUCCGCCACAUCCUCCCUCCGGCCCUCGCCCCCUCCCUCUCCUUCAUCGGUCUUCCCUGGAAGGUCGUCCCCUUCCCACUGUGUCAGCUGCAGGCUCGGUGGGUGGCGCAGCUACUGUCCGGCCGGCUGUCCCUGCCGCCCAGAUCCGAUCUGGAGGACGGCGUGCGUUGUCUGUAUGCGAGCAUGGAGGAGCAAGGGGUACCUGAGAGAUAUACCCACAGGCUGGAUAUGGAGCAGUUUCCUUACAUGGACAAUCUCAGCAUGGGGUGUGGAGGUUCUCCUUUGCCAGCGUGGCGGCGGGAAAUGUACGAAGCAGUUAGGCGGCUGAAGAAGGCCUAUCCGGGAACAUAUCGAGACGAGUGGGUGGAGUGGGACUUGGUUGAAGCUGCCCACCGGGAAUUUGCAAGGUUGUUCCAAGAUUUGGCAAGCCCAAUAGUUGAUACAGAGGUAGGAGUAAUGUCCUAGGUCUAAUGCAUGUUUUUUGCUUUGUCUUGCCUUACCAAAUACCCAUUGGCUGUAUUUUUGUAGUUGUAACAAUCCCGUUC